AUGCCGUCCGCAACCAUGGCCAACGACACCCCCAUCGCCGUCGUAGGUCUGGCCUGCCGGUUCCCCGGCGACGCCAGCACCCCGUCCAAGUUCUGGGACAUGCUCAAGGAGGGCAGAGACGCAUACUCCCCCACGUCGAGCAGGUGGAACUCGGACGCCUUCUACCACCCAGACAAGACGCGCACCAACGUCAUCCCCACCAAGGGCGGGCACUUCCUCAAGGAGGACCCCUACGUCUACGAUGCGGCCUUCUUCAACAUAACAGCGGCCGAGGCCAUGGCGCUGGACCCCAAGCAGCGCAUCGCCAUGGAGGUGACGUACGAGGCGCUCGAGAACGCCAACCUCGGCCUGCAGGACGUCUGGGGCACGCAGACGACGUGCUACAUCGGAUCCGCCGUCAGCGACUACCGCGACUCUGUCAUCCGCGACUUUAUGCAGAACCCAAAGUACCACCUACUCGGCACGGGCGAGGAGAUGAUCUCGAACCGCAUCUCGCACUUUCUCAACAUCCACGGCCCCAGCGCAACCGUGGCGACGGCCUGCUCGUCGAGCCUCAUGGCCACCCACCUGGCCGUCCAAAGCAUCAAGUCGGGCGAGGCCGACAUGGCCAUCACGGGCGGCGUCGGCCUUAUGCUGACGCCCGACUUUACCACGCACCUCGCAAACCUGUCCUUCCUCAACCCCGCCGGACAGUCGAGGGCCUUUGACGAGAGCGCGGGCGGCUACGGCCGCGGCGAGGGCUGCGGCAUCAUCGUGCUGAAGCGGCUCGACAAGGCCCUCGCGGACGGCGACAACAUCCGCGCCGUGAUACGAGCCACGGGCGCCAACUCGGACGGCUACACGCAGGGCGUGACAAUGCCGUCUCUCGAGGCGCAGGCCGCCCUGAUCAGGCACGUCUACGAGUCGCACGGGCUCGACUUUAGCUCGACCCAAUACGUUGAGGCGCACGGCACCGGCACCAAGGCCGGCGAUCCAAUCGAGGCCGAGGCCAUUUACUCGACCAUUGGCAAGGGCGGGUCGAGAAAGGGGAAGCUGUGGAUGGGCAGCCUCAAGCCCAAUAUUGGCCAUCUCGAGCCCGCAGCCGGCGUGGCAUCCAUAAUCAAGAGCGUGCUGGCGCUGGAGCACGGCCUGAUCCCGCCCAACAUCCGCUUCAACAAGCCCAACCCGGCCAUUCCCUUUGACCAGUGGAACAUGGCCGUGCCCACCGAGUUGACCCCAUGGCCCGUGGCACAUGUCAAGCGCGCCAGCAUCAACGGCUUCGGCAUGGGCGGCACAAACGGGCACGUGGUGCUCGAAGCCUUUAACCCAUCUCCUACGCUGCUCAACAGAGCCAGCCAUGCCCUAGCCAAGCCGCACAGCAAGACUCGUCUCUUCACCUUCAGCAGCCACGACCAGGCCGGCUUCAAGCGCAACGCUGCGGCGCUGGUCGAGCACCUGGACCGCCUCGGACCGGCCACGUCGAGCCCCGAAUACCUGGCCAACCUGGCCCGCACCCUCUCGGGGGGGCGGUCCCGCCUCUCGUGGAAGGCCACCUGCGUCGCCGACAGCACGACGGAGCUGCGCGACUACCUGACAACGCGCGCCGGCGAGGGAGCGUCGCGCGACGCCAGCUCGGGCGAGGGCAAGAAGCGGCUCGGCUUCGUGUUCACGGGCCAGGGCGCGCAGUGGGCGCGCAUGGGCAUUGAGAUGCUGGACCGGCCCGUGUUCGGGGCGUCGGUGGCCAAGUCGGCGCGGUUCCUCGGCGACAUGGGGUGCACGUGGGACCCCGUGGCCGAGCUGCUGAAGAGCCAGCAGGACGGGUCGCGGCUCAGCCAGCCCGAGAUCAGCCAGCCCAUCUGCUCGGUGCUGCAGAUCGCGCUGGUCGACGAGCUGCGCGCCUGGGGCGUGACGCCGUCGCGCGUCGUCGGCCACUCGAGCGGCGAGAUCGCCGCCGCCUACAGCAUCGGCGCCCUAAGCCACCGCGACGCCAUCGCCGCCGCCUACUUCCGCGGCCAGGCCGCCACCAAGCUGCGCGCCGAGUCGCCGGACCUGCGGCUCGGCAUGAUGGCCGUGGGCUGCUCGCGCGAGGACGCCGACGCACUGAUCGCGCAGCGGUUUGAAGGCGGCAGCGGCAGCAGCGGCCGGGCCACGGUGGCCUGCGUCAACUCGCCGUCGAGUGUGACGCUGUCGGGCGACGUCGACUCGCUCGAGCAGCUGCGCGCCGUGCUCGACGAGCGCAAGGUGUUUGCGCGCCGCCUCAAGGUCGAGAUGGCCUACCACAGCACCCACAUGAACCGCGUCAUGGACUACUACCUCUCCACCAUCGCCGACAUCGAGCCCCUGCCCUCGCCCGACGACGGCGACGACGACGGCGACGACGACGACGACGACGACAGCGACUCCGAGUCGGGCCACAGCAGCCAGGGAACCAUGGUGUCGAGCGUGACGGGCUUCGAGAUCAGCCCCGAGGCGCUGGGGCCCUACUACUGGGUGCGCAACCUGGUGUCGCCCGUGCUGUUCUCCGACGCGGUCAAGGAGCUGGUUGCCCCUGACGACGACGGCGAGGACCAGGAAGAGGGGACCACGGUCGACCUCCUGAUCGAGGUGGGCCCGCACGGCGCCCUCGGCGGGCCUGUCGAGCAGAUCCUCAGCCACCACGGCAUCCAGGGGGUGGGCUACGAGUCGAUGCUGACCCGCGGCAAGGACGCGCGCCAGACGAGCCUGCAGCUGGCGGCCAAGCUGGUGCUGGCGGGCGUGCCGGUCGACGUGGCGCAGGUCAACGGCGACGGCGAGGUGCGCACGCAGGUGCUGACGGACCUGCCGCCGUACCAGUGGAACCACGCCAAGGCGUUCAAGCACGAGACACGCAUCCAGCGCGAGCUCAUGACGCGGCGCUUCCCCAGCCGCAGCCUGCUCGGUGCCAAGAGCGCCAUGAUGGACGAGACCCAGCACGUGUGGCGCGGCUUCAUCCGACUGGCCGACGAGCCGUGGAUUCGCGGUCAUACCAUCGGCUCCACCGUGCUGCUCCCCGCCGCCGGCAUGGUCAGCAUGGCCCUCGCCGCCGCGCAGCAGCUGGCCGAGCCCGAGAAGACGCUGCGUGCCCUGCGCCUGCGCGAGGUGUCCUUCUUCGCCGCCAUGGCCCUGCCCGAGGACGCCGCCACCGAGGUCAUCACCACGCUGCGGCCCCACCUCGUCGCCACCUCGGGCUCUUCGUCGGCCGCCUGGUGGGAGUUUACCAUCUCUUCGUGCGUCGGCGUCGACCAGCUGCGCGACAACUGCCGCGGCCUAGUGGCGCUCGAGUACAAGGAGUCGACGAGCCCGCAGAUGGCCCGCGAGAAUGCGCUGCUCGAGGCUGCCCGCGUCGCCGACUACCGCCGCAUCGUCGCCGAGUGCCCCGACGUGCUGGCCAAGGCCGACUUCUACGCCCAGUGCGCCCGCAUCUCAUGGAACUACGGCGAGUUGUUCCAGGGCGUCGAGAAGGUCCACCUCGGCGACGGCCAGACGGCCUACGACGUCAAGCUCGCCGACAUUGGCGAGACGUACAGCCGCGGGCUCGAGCGGCCGUUCCUGGUCCACGGCGCCGCCCUCGACGCCAUCAUCCACGGCGCUCUCGGCGGCACCUACCGCAACGGCGCCUUCUGCCAGGACAAGCCGCUGCUGCCGACCUACAUCGGCGAGCUCGAUAUCUCGCUCGACAUGCCCGACACGGUCGGCUACGUGCUGCCGACGUCGUGCGUGUCGCGCAAGCUCGGCUUCAACGCUUUGUCGUCCGACAUUGUGUCGUUCGACGGCGCCGUGUCGCGCACCUUUCUGUCCAUGACCGACUUCCGCCUCACCGAGCUCGGCAACGACGACAAGCAGGACGACGACCGCCUCGAGGUCGACCCGGCAGAGAUCACCUCCGAGGUGCGCUGGAACUACGCGCUCGGCGUCAUGGAGCCGGCCGAGAUUGCCGCCGUCGUGGCCAAGCUUGCCCAGGGCGACAGGGCUCUCCUCCACAUGCUCAUUCACGACAACCCCGCCGCCACCGUCAUCGAGCUCGCCUCGGACAGCGGGGCGCUUUCGCAGGCCACGGUGCCGCGGCUGCCCAAGGGCACCAUUCUGCCCAGCCGGGUCAAGUAUGCCGUGGCCGCAGCCGUCGGCGCGGACCAGGACAAGUCGUCCCUGUUUGGGGACGUCUUCUCGCUGGGCGCCGCUGACGAGCCGCUGCCCGCCGAAAUCACCGCUGCCGACGUGCUCGUCAUUCCCCAGUCUGUCGGCGCUGCCGACGGCUUGGGCACGGUCUUGACGAGCCUGGUUGGUCUCGGCAAGCCAGAUGCCGCUGUCAUCCUCGCCGCCGACAGCGUAGCCGCCGCAGCUGUUCUAGAAGCCAAGGGAUUCUACGCUGUGUUUGCCGUCGAGGGCGCUGCGUUGUACAAGCAGCAGCCGCAACAGCAUGCCAACGGUGUCAAUGGCGCCGCCCCAAGCAAGCGCGAGUUUGUCAUCAUCGAGCCGUCGGCCCCCUCCAACGCCGUCGCAUCCUUCUCUGGCGCCCUGCAAAACGCCCUCGAGAAAGAAAAGUCCCCCAAGUCAGUCGUGUCCGCAGCGUGGCCCGACCUCGGCAUCCAGAGCGCCGACGAGGCCGAGGGCAAGACGUUCAUCUCGCUCGUCGAGCUCGAGACGCCGCUGCUAGACGACCUCUCGGAACCCGACUUUGACAAGGUCAAGCAGCUCAUCUCCAACAGCGAGCGCCUGCUCUGGAUCACGGGCACCCACAACCCGUCCAUGGCCGUAGUCGACGGCCUCUCGCGCACGGCCAGAAACGAGAAUGCGAGCCUCAAGUUCCAGGUCCUGCACCUGCUCAGCCCACCCGAUGCGUCGCAGCAGCGCGGGCCGUCGCUCGCCGCCCGCCUCGCCACGGCUGACACCAAGGACGACGAGUUCCGCGAGCACGACGGCCUGCCUAAGGUUAGCCGCUUCUACAGCAGCGCUGCGGGCGACGAGGCGGUGCGCUACUGCCUCGAGGACUCGGUCCGCGUCCAGCCCCUCAAGAGCGAGGACGCGCCCGCCGAGGCCCUCCGCCUCACCAUUGGCAAGCCCGGCCUGCUGGAUUCGCUGGCCUUUAUCCACGACGAGCGCUUUGAUGUGCCGCUCGGGGACAUGGAGAUCGAGGUCGACGUAAGGGCGACGGGUGUCAACUUCAAGGACGUCAUGGCGUCCAUGGGCCUGGUCGAGGUGUCGCUCAUCGGCCACGAAGCGAGCGGCACCGUCGUGGCCACGGGCGCCGAGGCGUCGGGCCGGUUCCAGGUCGGCGACCGCGUCGUCGUGUCGGGCGAGGGCAUGCACGCGACGCGACUGCGCAGCGACCACCGGCUGGCGGUCAAGAUCCCCGACGCCAUGUCGUUCGAGGAGGCGGCCGUGCUGCCGACGGUGCACGCGACGGCGUACCACGCGCUCGUCAACGUGGCCAAGCUGCAGCCGGGCCAGUCGGUGCUGAUCCACGCGGCGGCCGGCGGCGUCGGCCAGGCGGCGCUGCAGCUGGCCCGCCACCUCGGCCUCGUCACCUACGUCACGGUGGGCAGCGACGACAAGCGCGCCCUGGUCAUGGACAAGUACGGCGUGCCGGCCGGCCACAUCUUCAACUCGCGCGACGCCAGCUUCGCCAAGGCCGUCAAGCGCGUCACGGCUGGCCGCGGCGUCGACUGCGUGCUCAACUCGCUGUCGGGCGAGCUGCUGCGCGCCAGCUGGGAGUGCGUGGCCAUGUUCGGCACCUUUGUCGAGAUCGGCCUGCGUGACAUCACCGACAACAUGCGCCUCGACAUGCGGCCCUUCAUCAAGUGCACCACGUUUGCCUUUAUCAACCUAACCAACUUCUUCGACGACCACAAGGACGUUGCCAGCCGCAUCCUGCAGGACACGUUCGACCUGGUGCACCGCGGCGUGCUGUACGCGCCGAGCCCGCUGACGGCGUACCCCGUCGGCGAGCUCGAGGCGGCGUUCCGCACCAUGCAGCGCGGCAAGCACCGCGGCAAGCUAGCGCUGUCGUACGGCGACGGCGCCGAGGCCAAGGUGCACCGGCGGGCGCGCGACGCCCUGGCCCUCGACCCGGCCGCCACGUACCUGAUCGUCGGCGGGCUGGGCGGGCUGGGCCGCAGCCUGGCGCGCGAGUUUGUGGCCUGCGGCGCCCGCCACGUCGCCUUCCUGUCGCGGUCUGGCGCCGACGGCAGCCCCGAGGCCCGCCAGACGGUCGACGAGCUGUCGGCGGCGGCGGGCGGGGCGGUCACGGUGCGGGCGCUCCGCGGGGAUGUCGCCGACGAGGCGUCGUUCCGGGCCGCCAUGGCGCAGUGCGAGCGUGAGCUGCCGCCGGUGCGCGGCGUGGUGCAGAUGGCCAUGGUGCUGCGCGACGGCGUGCUCGAGAAGAUGGGGCACGGCGACUGGGCGGCGGGGAUGCGGCCCAAGGUGCAGGGCACGCGCAACCUAGACCAGUACUUUGGCGAGGACAGGCCGGUCGACUUCUUCAUCGCGUGCUCGUCCGUGUCGGGCGUGUGCGGCAACGCCGGGCAGGCGCAGUACGCGGCGGGCAACACGUUCCAGGACGCGCUGGCGCAGCACCGGCGGGCGCGCGGGCUGAGGGCCGUCGCCGUCAACCUGGGUAUCAUGCGCGACGUCGGUGCCAUUGCCGAGUCGACUGGUGUCGUCGGCAACAACCUGUCGCAGUGGGAGCACGUUAUCGGUAUUCGCGAGCCCGCCUUCCACGCCCUCGUCAAGAGCCUGAUCCUGCGCCAGGCCGCCGGCUCGUGCCCCGCCCAGGUGUGCACAGGUCUGGGGUCGGCCGAUGCCAUUGCUGCCCACGGCCUGCCGCUGCCCUACUACUUUACCGACCCGCGGCUGGGCCCGCUGGCCGUGACGAGCGUAGCCGCGAAGCAGGCGGCGGGCGGCGACGGGGCGGCGGGAGCAGGGGGCGCGUCGCUGGCGUCGCGGCUCGCCGAGGCAGGCGGCAUCGACAAGGCCGGCGAGGUCAUCCUCGACGCGCUGGUGCGCAAGAUCGCCGACAUGUUGCAGAUCCCCGCGUCCGAGGUCGACCCGGGCCGGCCCAUGUACCGCUACGGCGUCGACUCGCUCGUCGCCCUCGAGGUCAGGAACUGGAUCACCAAGGAGCUGAAGGCCAACAUGGCCCUACUGGAGAUCCUAGCCGCCGUGCCCAUGGCUGCGUUUGCCGUCAAGAUUGCCGAGAAGAGCAAGCUGGUGGCCGGAUCCGAGUGAGAUUAGCCACGAGAAUACGCGAAAUAAGUUAUGAGCGGGAUUUAUUCGUUGGUGGUGUCAUUUUUCCUAUAUGCUAUUUGCUAUUUGCUAUUUGCUAUUUCCUUUUAUUUCCCGGUUAGACAUGGCUGAUUAGAGAACGGCCUGUGAUCAAUUAUUGCAUCUCUUUUA